GCGGGGCCGCCCUCAGCGGGGCGCGGGCCCGGCCAUGGCCGGCAUCGGCAUCGACCACUCCAAGCUGCCCGGAGUCAAGGAAGUGUGUCGAGACUUCGCUAUUCUGGAAGAUCAUACCUUGGCCCAUAAUUUACAGGAACAAGAGAUUGAGCAUCACUUGGCCACAAAUGUUCAGCGUAAUCGUCUGGUGCAACAUGACUUGCAGAUGGCCAAGCAGCUGCAGGAAGAGGAGGAUAAGAAAGCCCGUGCUCAAAUCCAGAAACACCAAAAAGACUUGGAACGCCAGGACUGCGAGAUUGCUCAGGAAAUCCAAGUGAAGCUCGCGUUUGAAGCCGAGGAGCGCCGCAGGCAAGAGGAAAAAGACGAGGAUAUUGCCCGUCUCCUACAACAGCAGGAAGAGAAAAAGCACAAGAAGCACUACCCAGAGUCCCAGGGACACACAGGCUAUGAAGAGAGCUAUUAUGCACAAAAUGGAGGCACUAAUUUGAGGGGGAGGACACAAGGCCUGUACGAUGGCCCCCGGAUGGAACAGGAGCUGUCUGAUGCAGAGAUUGCUCGGAAGCUGCAGGAGGAAGAGCUCCUGGCUAAUGAAGCAGAUCAGAAGGCAGCUCAAGUAGCCCAAGAUGAGGAAAUUGCUCGUCUCUUGAUGGCUGAGGAGAAAAAGGCUUUAAGAAAAGAGAAAGAAAGAGAAAAGUCUUCCUUUGAAAGGAGGAGGCAUGAUCAAGAUUGGAAGCCUGAUGCAGGCGAGUCCACGCGCUCAAGGUCAAGAGAAGGGCCCGAAACUCAGCGACACAGAAGUGACAGGCCUUCAAGGUCACAGCCUCUCCUGGAUGAACACUCUCGGUAUUACACGAGCCAGCCCAGCCCCUUGCGCCACCACCCCAGACCUGAGCACUCUCCUAAAGGUUCCCGUAGGAAGCAGUAAACUGUGCUAGCCUUUGCUUUGGUACUGACUCUUCUGUAGCAAACAUUACUGGAAUUGCCAGGCAACAUUCUUCAUCCCUGACCUGAUGGGAGGCCCACCCUCCACUCCCAGGAUCAUCUCUUUAAGUGUUGUCAUAUUAAGGAAAAUUGUUUGUUUCAAUUUCUUACUCAUCUGUGAUGACUUGAGCAGUGCAGUAUAAUCUAGCUGCCACUGAGCUGUGCCAGUCAACCAGCUGGCUCAACAGCUCCCUCAUACAUUCUUUUCAGGCUUUCUUUUUAUUUUUAAGUUUGGCUGGAGCUCUGAUGAAUAGGACAAAUUGAGAUGCAUGUACAAUGGGGGAAAAUUGAAGAAAUGAGUUGGGUUAUGGCAAUGCAGCAGAACAUCAGAAGUACAAGUCCUUUUUACAUGAGGAUAACUUAGCAAAGAGCUAUAAGAGGAAUUGGGUUUCUUCCUGUGUUGGAUAGGACAGCUGAGCCAACCUGACAGUCAUAUGAGCUUGCAGGAAGGAGAGAGCCUUGUCAAACAUACACCAGCAAAAGCCAAACCCUGAGACUGGUGAGGCAGAAAUAGCCUAUGAAACAGAAUUUUUAAACUGCUGUAUUUCUUUCUAGGGUUUCCAACAUUCUGAAUAGAGUGUAUAUAGGCAUUUAGCUCUAGGAUAUAGGAUAGAACAGUUAAAAGGAAAUACAAUUCCAACUGAAGUUAGACCUUGCAUGCAUGACUUAGUAUUUGCCAGGGAGUUCAAGAAGCUGUGAACUGUGGUUUGGGAAAACUCAUACAAACAGAUCUGUGUGUCUGAAGGGACCUCUGUGGUCACCUGCUUUGAGCUUCAGUGUGGUAAAAGCCAAGGAAUUUCAUUAAAGCCAAGUCAGAUCUCAUGUAACUCUUAGCUCAGUUGCUGAUGCACUUGAGUAGAGUAAUUUGUUUCUGAACUUGGAUAUGUCUUGUAAACAUGGGGCUGAUGGAGAGAGGGCCAUAUGGGCAUUGAGCAUCAAAAUCUACAGUUACAGGCAACCUGAGCCAGACACAGAGUGCUGGUCAGUCCACACGAUGUCUGUGCUGACUGCUUUUCCUCUCUGCUGCUCCAUCCAGCUCCAGUCAGGAAUAAAAAAAUCAUUGCUUUCUAGGGCACAGCAGGGUCUGCAGGUUUGCUGUCUUUAUAUAUUUUCCCAUGCAGUGAUUCCGUCCUGGCUUGUUUUCCCUCCACUCUUUGAAAACAAUUUUUCUCUUGCACAAAAAGUAGCCUUUCCCCCUGGCCUUCUCAUUCAAAUUCUAUAGUCUUUUUAAUAAUUUUUUGCCAUUAUUUUCAGGUGUAUUUUUAAACUACAAAGCUGAACAUCUGGACACUGUCUUAGAGUGUGUUCAGCCAGGGCAGGCUGGUUAUUCAUGGGCCAGCCCAGUUCAUGGCAGAGAGCUUGGCUGCCUUGCCCCUGCAGCCCAGCCUUAGUGCCAGCACCAAGUCUGUCUCACCACUCUCUCUUGGCUUUGGCUCUGCAGAGGAGGGCAGACACCUGUGUCUAGGGCAGGA